AUGCCUGUGUUGCAGAUCACGAGUUUCUACAAUGACGAGGAAGGAUGCAUCGAAUGCUCCGCCAUGAACCACUUUGCUGCUGGGCAACAGGUAGCCAUGUUCUAUGGUCCUAGGACUACCGCUGAAUUCCUGCUGUAUAGUGGGUUCGUGCCCACUCCAAAUACGUACGAUACGUUGUCGCUGGUUCUGGGUGUGAGCACGAGAGACAAACUCUUUGCAAAGAAGCAGCAGGUGCUCAAGAUGGUCUCAAUGCCUAUCACACUAUCGUUUAAGUUGCCGAGGGACGUGUCUCUGUUGGGUCUGCCUGUGGAGUUGGUAGCGUUCCUUCGCGUGUAUACGUCCAAUGAAAUGGAAUUGGAUGUCUUGGCAGCCCUCUCGCGCGAGCGGUUCACGGAGCACUUCCAACAGGACGUGGGGGCGUUGGCAUCAGACAAAGAAUGGAUCAAGUUCCUGCGGAUGAGAUGUCAGUUGUUGGCCAUGAAGUAUAAACCCGGCCAAGCACAGCCAGCCGAUGUGGGGGAUGUCGCCUGGGCACUCGCAGAGACAGUGAAGGCCAAUGAGAAGCAGAUACUAGACACGUACAUAGCACACCUGAGUCGACUAGCCAACACGUAGCAUACAGUGUCCGCAAGCAUACACCCAUCUACUGAUAGUAAACGCCAUUCGGUUGAAAUGGGGUGGACGUA